CAGAGCAGCACCGCGGAGCGCACAGGCUUACCCGAGGAGAAAACACCUGUUACUGUAAGAGCAAGUCGACAAAGAGGAACGUGUCCUUCCCUGUAGUGCCACACACCUGACUGCACCUACUCCACACGCCCACACAGCCCACUGUCUGGUGGGACCAUGUGGGUUCUGGAUAAGAUCCGUGGUUCAGUGGAGACCGGAGUGAUGCGACAGGGGGAGAACGGAGACAAGAAAGGCGUCACUCCGUCCUACAGCAAUGUCCUCACCCCCGACAAGAUCCCGGACUUUUUCAUUCCUCCAAAGCUGGUCAGCAGUCCUCCAGAACCUGAGGUUCCCCAUGUAAAGCCCAAAGAACUAUUGCCACCCUCAAUUUCAGAGCAAACUAUCGGCAGUGGGAAGAAGAUCAGCUGCCCAAGAAGUCCACGCCUGGUGGCCAAGAUUGCGGGAGACACCAAGAACUUGCUAAGAGCAGCAAACCGUCACAUCAUACAAAUAGAGAGUGCUGAUGAUGUUGUGGCUGGAGACACCAAUGCAGACCCCCAGUCACAGACGGCAAUGUCCCUGCCUUACGUUCCCAAGACUCACACACCUUAUGGCUUUGCCACCUUGAAGGAAAGCCCCCACACUCGCCGUAAAGAGUCACUGUUCCACUGUGAGCACACCAGUCCUAUCACCUCCCCAAACACCCAGAGGAAGACCCAGGGUAAAAGCAGUGACGGGGGAAACCAUCUGAAUCCAGCUGACUUCAACACCUCUCACAUGAAUCCUUAUCGAUACUUCAGUGGCGGGGAAAGUGACACCUGCUCCUCAGCUGAGUCCUCUCCCUUCAGCUCUCCCCUGCUCACCCGCUCUGCCUCCCUGCUCAAGAUCUUCACCCAUGAGACGCAGGCCAAAGUCGUGAAAGCCAAGCGGACGUUCGCGCGCCACAGCUCCCUCUCCACCGACGAGUGCAGCUCGGCCGAGCCCAGCCCCAACAUCCAGCGGCGGCUCCACGUCCCCUCCUUCCAUGGCGGUGCAGGAGCGUCAGACCACGGGCUCCAUCGGGAGCACACCAUCAACCUGCACAAAGGUGGGACGGUGAGGAUCAGCGCCAACUACGACACCAGCACCUCCCGCCUGCUCAUCCGUGUCCUGGUGGCAGAAAGUCUUUAUGACAAGCACUAUGACAUCAAGAGCAUCAACUGCUGCGUGUCCGUCUACCUGAACCCGGGCAAGCUGCAGAAGCAAAGGAGCAACAUCAUCAAGAACAGCCGCAACCCGGUCUUCAACGAGGACUUCUUCUUUGACUCGAUAAGCUCUGUUCAGGUGAAGAACCUGUCGAUGAAGUUCAAGGUGGUGAACAAAGGCACCAGCCUGAAGAGAGACACACUGCUGGGAGAGCGAGAGGUGCCUCUAACAAAGCUGCUCUCAGGGGUUUAAAGCUGCAGGAAAGGAGUAAGAGCUCAAAGGAGGCAAAAAAAACAACACAAAGCAAGGAUACUGAACGAAAACUUAAAUUAGAUGUUUGCACUUGUUUCUAUACAAACGGCUCUUUUUAUUCCAAUAGAUGAAAACAGUAGAUGUACAUUACUAUGAAGGGUGAAGAAAAGGAAAGAUUUACAGUAAAUGAAACAUAUUCAUAAAAGCAAAGAGAGGCUUUCUUCUGAGAUCUGAAAAAAAUCACGCUCAGAAAAUGAAUUUCUUGAUGUACAUAGACGGAUGAAGGAUUUCUGGUGGUUAAGGCCUGCCUGGUUCCUUCUCCCAAUACUGAAUGCUCAUUAAACCAAGCCAGGCUCGACUGCAACAGAUGAAUUUGACAGAUGAAAGGGAUUUUCUUUCUGGACAAAUCUCCCAGCCAACUUUCUCAGCCAGGUCUGGUUCAAAGGUUGAACGACACCUGUGCAUCAACCUGUGUCAGUGUCCUCGCCUGCACUGUGUUUGUCAUGUGUGGCAUGUUUUCAUGAUUGUAAUGUUAAAUAAAUCCACGGUAGCACAGGAUGUGAUGCUACAUUAGCUA